UGCUUGCAAAACUGACAGUAUAAUCAUGAAGAAAUUAUCUCACUUGUAUUUUCCCCUUGGACUCUUCUUGCUAUGUUCUCUCUUAUCUUGCUUAGCCAUGGCCACCCCCAACAUUACCUCGGAUCAAUCCGCCCUUCUCUCAUUGAAAGCCAAAAUCACUGGGGAUCCUCACGAAAUCUUGGCAAGCAACUGGUCGGCUACUUCCUCAGUUUGUGACUGGAGAGGAGUCACUUGCGGCUCUCGCCACCGCAGAGUCACCGCCUUGAAUAUCUCCAACUUGGGCCUCACCAGCACCAUUCCUCCACAACUGGGCAAUCUCUCCUUUCUCAUGUCCCUCGAUAUGAGCAGGAACAACUUUUACGGAGAACUUCCCCAUGAAUUGAUUCGUCUGUCCAGGUUACGAGUCCUUAGUUUAGGCAUUAACAUGCUUAGCGGAAAUAUUCCCUCUUGGGUUGGUUCCUUCCAACAACUCCAACACUUUUCUCUAAAGAACAAUAGCUUUACAGGGUUUCUGCCACCGGGGCUGUUCAAUAUUUCCUCACUGGAAGCUAUUGCUCUUCAAAAUAAUAGCUUAUCUGGCAGUCUUCCAUCCAGCAUAUGUCCCCGUCUUCAAGGACUCACAUGGCUUGACCUUUCCUACAACAAAUUAAGUGGUGUGAUACCACCAUCGUUAUCGGAGUGUUCGAAGCUUCAGGUACUGUGGUUGUUUGACAACAACUUUAGUGGAGUGAUACCGGAAGGAUUUGGGAACCUGACGGCGCUGAAGCAACUAGGUCUUAGCGGGAACAAUUUGAUUGGUAGUGUUCCGCAGGAGCUUGGCAACCUAAAGCAUCUUGAAGAACUUGUUUUGGACUUCAAUAGCCUAACUGGAUCCAUACCAGCCCAAAUAUUCAACAUCUCGACACUACAAGUACUGGACCUAUCGAACAAUACGCUUUCUGGAAGGCUUCCGUCAUCCUCGGGUUAUGAAUUGAUCAACCUUGAAUGGCUUGAUCUCUUCUCAAAUGAUUUUGAUGGAGUCAUACCAGCCUCAAUCUCAAAUGCGUCUAAGCUGACUUUUUUAGACUUCGGUGGAAAUAGAUUCAGCGGUCCAGUUCCAAACUCUCUUGGAAACCUAAGACUUCUAAUAAAAUUGUAUCUCGAUGAUAAUCAUUUGACAACUGAACCUUCAUCGAGAGAAUUGGGUUUUAUCAAUUACUUGACAAAUUGUAAGCAUCUAGAACACUUAUCAUUUGGUGACAAUCCGCUGCACGGUUUUCUUCCGAUGUCAGUUGGGAAUCUCUCAACUUCUAUGGAGGGAUUCUAUGCAUAUGGUUGCGGAAUCAAGGGAAGCAUUCCCGAUGGAAUUGGGAAUUUGAGCAGCCUAAUGAUUUUGAGUCUAGAUGGAAAUCACCUGAGUGGGCCCGUUCCGAGCACAAUGAAAUACUUGCAAAAUCUUCAAAGUAUGAAUUUGAGUGCUAAUCAAUUAAGUGGUUCAAUUCCAGAUAGCAUUUGCAAGUUAAAGAGAUUGUACCGAAUCUAUUUGGGGCAAAGCCAGUUUCGUGGGUCAAUACCAUCAUGCUUAAAUAAUAUUAGUUCCCUGAGAGAAAUUGACUUUGCCGGGAACUUAUUAGACUCAAGCAUACCUGCUAGCUUGUGGAAUCUCACUGAUCUCUUGAAGUUGAACCUGUCAUAUAAUUCAUUGAGUGGCUCACUACCUUAUGAAACUGGAAAUUUGAAGGUAGUAACACUAUUAGAUUUGUCUGGAAAUCGCCUUAAUGGGAAUAUUCCAAGUUCCUUUGGCGGCUUGCAAAGUUUAGCAACGCUUUCAUUAGCACAAAAUAAACUUCAGGGACCUAUUCCAGACUCUCUCAGUCACAUGUUAAGCUUGGAAUUUUUGGAUCUAUCCAAUAAUAAUCUAUCAGGUCCAAUACCAAAGUCCUUGGAGACACUUUUAUAUCUCAAACACAUUAAUCUUUCUUUCAACCGUUUAAGAGGAGAAAUUCCCUCUAGUGGUCCUUUCGAGAACUUCACAUAUGAAUCAUUCAUAUCUAAUGAUGACUUGUGUGGCGCUCAGAGAUUUCAUAUUCCUCCAUGUCCUUCUCCUCGGAUUCACAAAUCGACUCAGAAGAAAGUAUUUCAUAUGCUAGGCAUUCUAUCAGGUAUUGCAGCAACAAUAAUUGCUCUUACAACUGCUGCAAUUUUACUUUUAAGAUGCCGAAGAAAGGAUGGGGUUUCAAGAAACACUGAUUUACUACCCAUGGGAUUGCCAAAAAGGAUUUCAUAUUAUGAACUUGUGGAAGCGACCAAUGGCUAUGAUGAAAGCAAUUUACUUGGCAAAGGGAGUUUUGGAUCUAUAUAUAAGGGUAUUUUGACGGAUGGGACAGUUGUAGCUGUGAAAGUUUUCACUUUACUAGCAGAAGUCACUUCCGGGAGUUUUGAUACAGAGUGUGAAGUUCUACGCAGCCUUCGCCAUAGAAACCUAACCAAAGUGAUUGGUAGCUGCUCUAACUUGGACUUUAAAGCCUUGGUCCUUGAUUAUAUGUCUAAUGGGAGCCUUGAGAAAUGGUUAUACUCCCACAACCGUUGGCUGGAUCUCCUGCAAAGGAUAAGCAUAAUGAUGAAUGUUGCUUCUGCAUUGGAAUAUCUCCAUUUUGGUUAUACAGCACCAGUGGUUCACUGUGAUCUGAAACCUAGCAACAUAUUGCUCGACGAAAAUAUGGUUGCUCAUGUAAGUGAUUUUGGCAUGACAAAGUUUUUGGAUGAAGAAAAUAGUGUUCUGCAUACCAAGACACUUGCAACGCUUGGAUACUUGGCACCAGAGUAUGGACUUGAAGGGCAGGUGUCAACAAGGGUUGAUGUUUAUAGUUUUGGUAUAGUUUUGAUGGAAACCUUUUCAAGAAUGAAGCCUAGUGAUGAAAUGUUCGAAGAUGAUUUGAGCCUGAAGAGUUGGAUUGAAGAAUCUCUGCCUAAUGCAACCACUCAGGUUAUAGAUGCAAACUUACUUGGGCGGCAAGAUGAGCAUUUCAAUGAGAAAUUGGAGUGUAUUUCAGUGAUCUUCAAAUUGGCUUUGAGUUGCUGUGCUAAGUGCCCGCGAGAUCGGACUAAUAUGAAGGAUGUUGUGGCAACACUUCAAAAGAUAAAACGUCAAAUUGAGUAUUUUUCGAAUAUCUCGGCAUGAAAGUACGUUCUUUUACUUAAUCCUACUGAUCAAGUUUGCUCCGCUCAAAUAAUCUUUCCAAUGUCUUUUGUUGCAGGAUGAUGCCAAGAUUUGAAACAUGAAGCAAAAUGAGUUAUAUUAUCCACCUUAAGUAUGCUGAUAUAUCAAUCAUAUAUUUGUUUUAAGUUCAUUUUCUAAGUUGUCAUUUGAAAGGAAUCCUGAGGAAAAACUGCAUUUGCAUAGUUCUGUUUCAUGAAAAUCUUUAUUAGAGUUUUAUAUUUUGCACGCA